AUGCAGAGUCUGGCGACGCCGCCGGAGAACACGCUCGUCAAGGCGCUGCUGACAGACUAUUACCAGAUCACCAUGGCCUACGCCUACUGGCGCAGCAAGAAGCACAACUCCCGGGCGUCGUUUGACUUGUUCUUCCGCAAGUCCCCCUUCCAGGGCGAGUUUACCAUCUUCUGCGGCCUGGAGGACUCCCUCCGCUUCCUCGCCCACUUUGGCUUCUCCGACGAAGACAUCCAGUACCUGAAGACGGUGAUGGGUGACACGACCGAUCCGGGCUUCUUCGAAUACCUGCGCCACGUGGACGCUUCAGACGUCACCGUGCACGCCAUCCCAGAGGGGUCGGUGGUGUUUCCAAAAGUACCGCUGAUCCGCGUGGAGGGCCCCCUCGCCGUUGUGCAGCUCAUCGAGACAACCUUGCUCACCCUCGUCAACUUUGCAAGCCUGGUUGCGACAAAUGCUGCGCGGUUCCGGCUGGCCGCCGGCCCAAAGGCGCGCAUGCUCGAGUUUGGCCUUCGCCGCGCACAGGGACCUGAUGGCGGGCUGACGGCAUCAAAAUACUGUUACAUUGGCGGAUUCGAUGCCACGAGUAACGUGAUGGCCGGCAAGCUGCACGACAUUCCCAUUGCCGGCACACACGCGCACUCCUUUGUCUCCUCCUUCAGGGGUAUGGAAGAGAUUCCCGAUCGCUCGCUCGCGUAUGCAGACAAGUCCGACACGUGCAAGGACUUUGGCCAGCUGGUGAAAGAGAAGCUGUCGCAGCUGCAGAGCGCAUGGAUCGACUCCCCAGCCGCCGUCCACCUCGAAACAAACCUGGAUGAGCUUGGCGCGUUUACCGCCUACGCCAUUGCUUUUCCAAGCAAAUUCCUCGCCCUCGUUGACACGUACGACACGCUUCGCAGCGGAGUGCCCAACUUUAUCGCUGUUGCGCUUGCGUUGUGCGACCUCGGCUAUGCGCCGCACGGCAUUCGCUUGGACUCGGGCGAUCUCGCUUAUCAGAGCAUCGAAUCCCGCAAAUACAUUUCAUGGACCGCGGAGCGGUUCAAGUGCGAGAAACUGAACAGCGCGCUGAUUGUCGCCAGCAACGACAUCAACGAGGACACUCUCAACUCCCUCGCCCAGCACGGCCACCGCAUCGACUCGUUUGGUGUGGGAACGCAUCUGGUGACGUGCCAGGCACAGCCAGCACUCGGCGCAGUGUACAAGAUUGUCGAGCUCGACGGAAACCCGUGCAUGAAGCUGUCUGCGGAUGUGGAGAAGGUGACCAUCCCCGGGAAGAAGGACGGGUACCGGCUGCACGGGCGCGACGGCGCGCCAAUCUGCGACGUGCUGCUGCGCGAGGGCGAGAAGGCGCCCGUCGUUGGGGAGGCGUUCCUUUGCCGCCACCCGUUCCAGGAGCAGAAGCGCGCGCACGUGCGUCCGCAGAAGGUGACGCCGCUGUACAAGACGUACUGGGACAAGGGCGAGGCGGCGUGCGAGCUGCCCACCAUCCACGAGCUCAAGCAGCGCGUGACGGAGCAGGUGGCCGAGUUGCGUCAGGACCACAAGCGCAGGCUCAACCCAACCCCGUACAAGGUCUCAGUCUCCAGCGACCUCUACACCUACAUCCACGAGCUCUGGCUGCAGCACGCCCCGAUUGGCGAGCUGAGCUGA